CCCAAUGAAGGUGCCUAUUUCGAACAGGUACUGCGGGCAUGCCACCUUGUCGAACAAUCCUCCGUGUGGAACAAUGUACUUCUUGGUGGUGAUGCUGUCCCGUCGGGCCGUCGCAGCAAGCCCCUCGGCCGAGUUUCGUAUCCGGGCAAGUAUGCAGUGGUGGUAGAAGUUUCCAACUAUUCCCACCAUGAACACUACAACUCCUAACCACAUUGUGUUGUACGUAGGCUGGUAGCACAUCGCCUCGGCAAUCUCUUGGGCGUAAAAGAGAUUGAGUGACAGUAGCGCGAAAGUCAGCGACACUAACAUGCUCGUCACUCCGCAUAUUGUUCCGGUAUACUCAUGAAGAAAAUUCACCUAGCAGUUGCAAGUACCUCGAGGACUCGUUUGACGAAAUGCAAAGUCAUGGCUGCCGAGACGAGUACUAUGCGCAAACUGGCACUGUUGUGGAGGCGGAGAUCGUAUGCCCAAGUGGAGAGUCGCAUCGCCUCCAUGAACGUCGGUGCGUCAAAGUACUCGAGUUUGUGGAGCAAGAAAGCCGAGCAGAGCAACGCCGCAGGGAGGUAGAACAUGAGCAUUCCAAUCUUGCUGGGCAACUGGAGGAUCUUCUGCUGGCGACCGGCAAACUUGGAGUAAGGCAGUGCCGCGCCACGAAACUCCUGGAGCGAGAGGAGGACGCCGCCGACGAAGAGCAGCAUCUCCGAUCCCCAUACGUACCUGGAACCCGAGCCCGUGAAGAAGAGGUACGAGGAAUCCGGGCGGCUAUCGCCGAAGAACAUCUCAAUCUCUCACUGGGCUUCAGUUUCUUCCAGGAAAUCGAGCAUCACGGUCUCGUCGUCCAGUUCUUCGCGUCUUUCAUCUCUUCUCGGGGCGGUGGUGGUAGAAUUGCUCUUCCUCUUCGCUGGACAGAAGUUGCUAAACCGGAUAAUUCGGUGUCAAAGGGACACACGGUGCAUCGCUUGAUCCGACGGUGGAGGUUGAGUCCCUCAAAACGGUAACUUGAAGGGCUGGAGAUCUGUUUGUGAAUAUACUGGAAUAAUAAUAUUUAGGGUUCUUGCAA